AUGGAUUCGCCGCGAGAUUACAAUCAAUUGGAUUCGGGUCUGAGCCAUUUCACUGACACCAGUGAAUUGCAAAAAGAUGGGCCUGACAGAACAGAUAACAGGGCCAGUAGGCCCCCCCAAGAAUUAGAAACACCUAUGAGCAGUGAGGAGGAUCCCUCGGACAUCUACUUAUACGACCAGCCGCAAGUGCGGUCGGAACGACAACCUUUGCCUGGAGUAGACAACAGUAACAAGACGCAUAGCAGUACAAUCGACGCACUAGGCACCGACAACAACUUACCCCACGAGGAAUUGCAAAUUCGGCUUCAUGACGCGGAAAUUACGGGAGUUUCCAUCAAACCAGUCGAAAAUCCGCGCACAACUCAGAGCGCCCGAUCGGGCGAAACCCACGAAGAUCUACGGCUUACAUCUGCAGGAAAUCAUAAUUUAUCUACGCAGCCGGAAAUGGAGCAAGUCGCAGGAACGACAAUGGGGGGCUCAUUUAGCUCUAAGCCUGUAGAACAGCCUUUUUAUGUGAAUGCAAAGCAAUAUUAUCGUAUACUGAAAAGACGUUACGCAAGAGCCAAGCUGGAGGAAGACUUGAAAAUCUCUCGCGAACGAAGGCCCUACCUUCACGAAUCACGACACAAGCAUGCAAUGCGCCGCCCGCGAGGCCAAGGUGGACGAUUUCUUACAGCUGCUGAAAUUGCCGAGCUAAAGCAAGUUGAAGACCCUCCGCCCGUGUUGAACAUCCAACAACAGGACCCAAGUGCUGACGUCACGAGAGACAAUCGUAAGCCUACGGCAGUAGAACCCAUUCAACCUCCUCACUCUAGAAAGCCGUCCAUAAGUUCUGAAGGGGAAGUAGAGCAAGUAGACAAUAAAAUAGUACGACAUUAA